GACUCCAGUGGGGGCACUGGAGCAGGAGGCAGCCAGAGGCAGGAGAAAGGCCGGCCGCGUGCCUCGCUGCCCACUCCACCCGACUUGUCCGUGAUGCGCCAGGUCACUGAGAGGCUGCCGGCAAACUUUCCACUCCGUGCCCAGCGGCAGCUUCUGCUCCUGUGGGGAGUUCCCCCAGCUCUGAUCAAGGCACAAAACAAUCGAUCUAUUAGAUCAAGCAGGAAGGAGGAGGCAGGAGGGCCAGCCGGGAAGCUGCGGAACGGAGUGUUUUGGCAUAGCAGUCCCCUCCCUUCUGACUGGAGUAUUAAUUGCUACAUUGCCACUGCCUGGAAGAAAGACAGCCAGCGGAGCCUGGGAGAGCUCCUGCUCCCUCCCUGCUCGCUCCGCUGCACGCUCCUCCUGGUUCCCUCGGAGCGCCCUGCGCCCUGGCAGCGCUGGCCCAGCCCUGGCAUCCCUGGGUCCUCCUGUGGGUAGCACUUGAGUGGAGGGAAGGACAGCGGAAGGGAGCAGACAGCGUGCCCUGCAGGCUCUCUGGAUGCAGAAGCCGGGCUCCCUGCAGAGGCAGCUGUGCGGUGCCAGGAGCUCCUGUGGUGCGUCCCUCUCUCAGGGCUCGCCCAGGCGGGCUCCAGGUGCCAGGGGCACGCAGAGCGGAAGCCUUCGCUUCUGGGCAUUGACAGCAGAGCCUGCCUCCCCUCUGCCACCAUGAGCGGCUGCUCCAAAAGAUGCAAGCUUGGGUUCGUGAAAUUUGCCCAGACCAUCUUGAAGCUCAUCACCGGGACCCUCAGCAAAGACAUCGCCUGGUGGUAUUACCAGUAUCAGAGAGAUAAGAUUGAAGACGAGCUGGAGAUGACCAUGGUUUGCCACCGGCCUGAGGGCCUGGAGCAGCUGGAGGCCCAGACGAACUUCACCAAGAGGGAGCUGCAGGUCCUCUAUCGGGGCUUCAAAAACGAGUGCCCGAGUGGUGUGGUCAAUGAAGAAACAUUCAAGCAGAUCUACGCACAGUUCUUCCCUCACGGAGAUGCCAGCACGUACGCCCAUUACCUCUUCCACGCCUUCGACACCACCCAGACCGGCUCCGUGAAGUUCGAGGACUUCGUAACCGCUCUGUCGAUUCUGCUGAGAGGAACCGUCCAUGAGAAGCUAAGGUGGACAUUUAACUUGUAUGACAUCAAUAAGGAUGGAUACAUAAACAAAGAGGAGAUGAUGGACAUCGUCAAGGCCAUCUACGACAUGAUGGGGAAAUACACGUAUCCCGUGCUCAAGGAGGACACCCCCAGGCAGCACGUGGACGUCUUCUUCCAGAAAAUGGACAAAAAUAAAGACGGGAUCGUGACGUUAGAUGAAUUUCUCGAAUCCUGUCAGGAGGUGAGGAGAGAUCUCAGGCCACGUCUCUAAAUCGGGGAAGGAAAGCCGGGGCUUGGCGACCUGCGGGAGGGAGAGAAUGACAAACUGUGACCCCUCAAGUCAGAGCCACUGAUAC